AUGGCGCAGUUGUCAUGGAAAUGCAAGAACUCCCUCAGCUCCAGACUCGGUUACUAUGGAAAUGCCACUAGGAGAUGCUGCUGUAGGUCCUCAGGAGAAAAGCACAAUUAUUCAGCACCUUGGACAGCAGCGGUGCGUCGGUCCUCCUUUCUGCCAGACUCGAAACUGCUUAUUGUGAUUGGAGAAAUUUCAACAGAUCACCAGCUUGAUUCAGUGAAGGAACACAUUAAACAUGGGAUCCUGUCAUGGGACGUUGAUUUGAUCAUUUGUGACUUGAAUAAGGAACUAAUGCUCUAUGAAGCAAGACACUAUGCCCAAUUCUCGUCAGAGGUGAAAGUUCAGAACACUGCUCUGUGACUCAGCAGGACA